UGCUGUUUUGAUGUUAAAACCUAUGGGUUUUUUCCCUACAAGUAACUGGAAUGAAUGCACAAAUACAGCAAAGAUAAGGUUUAAUUGUUUCAGUGGGUGGAAGAGUGCUCUUAGUUCAAUUGAAUAUAUAUCCAUUAUGACAUUUUAGUCAAAGUAAAUUGAUGUUUUAAUUUUUUUUUUUUUUAAGCCUAAAGAGGGCUGCUAAGUCUUAGGGUUUCUCUGAUAGGUCCACAUGUUACAUAAAGUCAUAAUAAAUAUACGUAAUGUAAUAAAACGUUGUUUGUUAAAUUAGGAUUUAGUUAAAGAUCCAGUUGGACUGUGUACAAAAUAAGUUAAAGCUUGCCUACUUUAGUUAAUAACUUAGGCCAGUGUCAGGGCUAACAGUUUACUUCAUUGAAAAUAAAAGAAAGUAAAUGUUUGAAAGUAAAUGGCUAAAGCCAUAGUUAAGGAGGCAAAGUUACAAAAGGCCAUGAAGUUUUGAAGCAAUGUCUUUGUUUUCUUUUUAUAAUUGUUUCCUGAAUAACAUAUUGCCAUUAUCACAGAAAUUUGAGUUACUAUCCACUUUAGGAAUCACAGAAUCGCAAGGUUGGAAACGACCUGCAAGAUCAUCCAGUCCAACCACCCCCCAUUCCUAUCAGUACCACAAGCACUAAACCUUCUCUCGCAGCUCCUCAUCCACACGCCUCUUGAACACUGCCAGGGACGGAGACUCCACCACCUCCCUGGGCAGCCAUUCCAGUGCCUGACCACUCUCUGAGAGAAAAAGUUUCUCCUAAUAUCCAACCUAAACCUCCUCUGGUACAACUUCUGGCCAUAGCAGCUAGGAAGCAGCUAGCCAUAGCUACGUUCUACAGUUGUCUGUCAUUUUCUGUUGUAAAUGAUAAAUAGUGACAUUGGUGACAUCACACACUCAAAACCAGGUUAUUUUUCACCUUGAUCAGGUGCAUUGAUCUGAUGAGAUAAGUUUCCUUCUGUUUUGACUGCUAGCUAUUUAUUAACUAAUGAGGAUCUGUCGUGUCCUGAGGGGGAAAACUGACUUAUCCAUAGUAAUAUAGAUGGUAAAUUAAAGCAUUGGCCCUAGAAUAUUGUUCUGAAGUCUGUCAGCAGUGAAUUAGAUAAUUGUUUUGUUUUCACUUUUUUCUGCACUGUAACAAAUACCUUCAAUUGUUAAUUUCAUCACCUUAUUAUUUUUGUUUAAAAAAUGAGAGGCUGUGCUAUAGCAUGCACUUUGUUUCCAAGAGGUAAGACUUUAUUGCUGUUCUUAAAAUUUAAAUUAGGGUAGAUGGCAUCUACAUUUUCUUGAAACAUUCUAAGUGCUUACUACGGCAAUAGAACCCAAAUAAUUAUUUUAAGUCAUUAGUAUGUAGUGAUAUUUAAAGGUAGAUUAAUAAUCAAACAGUUUAAACUGUGAAUUGAGUUUUUUUUUCUAUUUUUGCUGUGUGAGCUGCAACUCCUGCUUUAUGUAACUGGUCAUGGUUACAGAUGUGGUUCUUCCCUAUGAUAAGCAUUUCAUCAUCAAUCCACAUGAAACCCAUACUCAAGGUCAAAAAAGAGUAGCUCCUAAUGAACUGUAGAUGAAAGAGCAUAGCCUGAGUUAGAGUAAGCAUUAAAAACUGUGUUGCUGUCACUUGACAGCCAAGCAUGUUCUGGGACUGGUGUGCUGGAAUUCCUUGCUUCUGUUGAGUUGUGACUGUAUUCCUUCAUACAUACUAAGACCCUGUAAACCUCAUGAUUAUUUGUUGCUAUCUUUCCUAGGGAAGGAUUUAUGCUGCAGGUAGCACCUGUGAGUGUGUUGGUCAGCCUGAGGAAAAGAAUCAAAGGACAGUUCAGAGGAAACUCAGGAAGUGGUAGGAGAGGCUUUGCUAAUCUCCCCUUCUGGGAAAACAACUGCAUAGGCUCAGGAAAGUGCUUAAAAUGAAGAUGAGACUGCUUUCUUCUGUUCUUCAUCUCCGUGUAAACAUGUUCAUGGAUUUGCAGAACUCCACUCGAAGUUCGUAACACAGAUGGUGAUGGUCUCUGUGCUUUAUUAGUGGUGCCUCGCAGUUGGGGUUGCUUGAAAGUAUGGGAUGCGUUUGGUUUAUUGUUACACUUUGCCUAGCUGGAGACUGUGGGUUACUGGAGUGACUGUGCUGCAGCAUCUUCUCCAUUAAAUGCUACAAGUCUGAACAGGAUAUAAUAUGAACCAGACUUGUUGGAAGUGUUUCUAACUUGACCAUGUAGAAGUAAUUCAGUAGCCUGCCGCUGAAGAAGCGAUCGUAUUAUUGCAUGUUAUUCCCUGAGGACAGAAUGGGUUAUGUUUUAUUUUUUCUUGUUGAUUCCUUGAGAAUUUAAAACUUGGCAUCCCGCAUAAAAAUUAUCUUGGCUUAGAAGAUAAUUGUGUGGAAUCUAAGCAGCUUUUCUAGAAGCUGGUAAAGAAAUGGACAGCAUUCUCUAUGGUAUGAGUAUUUUGAUAAGUGAUUGGAAAACAACUGUGCCUUCUGAGGCCCUGCUUUUCAAGUUGGAGCAAGUAUUUGUAUUUAUCAAAGUUCAUGAAUGUUUGAGAGGGCACUGGAGAUAAUGGGAUACUUUUGUGGUGCUUUACAGUGCUCCUCUUGAGACCUCUUUUAGGGAAUAUAGUCUGAGUUGCAUGAUCCAAGAACAUUAGACAUUGACUGCUUUUGCUGAACAUGUGAUACUCCACUUGAAUGCUUUACUGCUUGCAUAAAAUGAGAAUGUGCUGCAGGAUCAUGCCCAAGUGUCGCUAUGAAAUCUGCCUUUUUUCCCUCUGUUGGAAGGUGAUCAGCUUUGUGCAGGUCAUUUAAAUCCAUUUUUGGGUGGUAGCUUUCCCCUUAGGGAAAUGACUGGGGUUUUGUGUGACAGAAUUGUUAACCAAGCUUGAAUUUUCCAUGCCUUGUGAUUGAGAGAGCUUGUGCUCUGUGAGCUCAGUUUUCUGUGCCUGCCAUUCAUCAGUGUUACGGAUUGUAAAAGCUGCCACUUCAAUGCUGCUCUUUUGGUACCCAGACUUAUCUGUGCAAAUGUUGUGGUGGAGCUGUGGAAACAAGGUCUUCGAGGUCUCAUGGGGUCUUGCAGCAGCCAGAACACACGGAAAACAGGAAAGGGAAGAAAGGUGCUACAAAAUAUAUUAGAAACAGAAAAUGAAUAUUCUAAGGAGCUACAGACAAUGCUUUCGAACUACCUGCGACCAUUACAAGCCAGUGAAAAGUUAAACUCGACAAACACUUCAUACUUAAUGGGAAAUCUGGAAGAAAUAAGUUCUUUUCAGCAGAUGCUUGUACAGUCUUUAGAAGAAUGCACCAAGUUGCCUGAAGCUCAGCAGAGAGUUGGAGGAUGUUUUCUAAAUUUGAUGUCACAAAUGAAAAGCUUAUACCUUGCCUACUGUGCCAAUCAUCCAUCAGCAGUAAAUGUUCUCACAGAACAUAGUGAGGAGCUAGGAGAAUUCAUGGAGGUGAAAGGUGCCAACAGUCCUGGGAUCCUUGUACUGACCACAGGCCUCAGCAAACCUUUUAUGCGUCUGGAUAAAUACCCCACGUUACUCAAAGAGCUUGAAAGGCACAUGGAGGAUUAUCAUCCAGAUCGUCCAGAUAUUCAAAAAUCCAUGACAGCCUUCAAAAACCUUUCUGCACAAUGUCAAGAAGUACGGAAACGGAAAGAACUUGAACUACAAAUAUUAACAGAAGCAAUCCGCUGUUGGGAGGGGGAAGAUAUUAAAACGCUUGGCAAUGUGAUCUACAUGUCCCAGGUCAUGAUUCAGUGUGCUGGAAGUGAGGAAAAGAAUGAAAGGUAUCUUCUUCUCUUCCCUAACAUUUUGUUAAUGUUGUCUGCCAGCCCAAGAAUGAGUGGGUUCAUUUAUCAGGGGAAGCUACCAAUGACUGGAAUGACUAUCACAAAGCUAGAAGACAGUGAAAACCAUAAAAAUGCAUUUGAAAUAUCAGGAACUAUGAUUGAAAGGAUAUUAGUGUCAUGUAACAACCAACAAGAUUUGCAUGAGUGGGUCGAUCACCUGCAGAAACAAACCAAAGUCACAACUGUUGGGAAUCCCACCAUUAAACCUCAUUCUGUGCCAUCUCACACACUUCCUUCCCAUCCAGUGACACCCUCCAGCAAGCACUCGGACAGCAAGCAGAUACCACUGACUCCUGCAUAUCACACUCUCCCUCAUCCGUCACAUCAUGGGACUCCACAUACCACGAUAAACUGGGGACCUCUGGAACCUCCUAAAACACCCAAGCCCUGGAGUCUGAGCUGUUUACGGCCCGCACCUCCUCUACGGCCUUCAGCAGCACUUUGUUACAAAGAGGAUCUAAGUAAGAGCCCUAAAACCAUGAAAAAGCUGCUUCCCAAACGCAAGCCAGAACGGAAGCCAUCAGAUGAAGAAUUUGCACUGAGAAAAAGUACAGCUGCUUUAGAAGAAGAUGCUCAAAUUCUUAAAGUCAUUGAAGCAUAUUGCACAAGUGCCAAAACACGUCAAACACUAAACUCAACAUGGCAAGGCACUGACCUGAUGCAUAAUCACGUCUUGGCUGAUGAUGACCAAUCAAGUCUAGACUCCUUGGGUCGUCGCAGUAGUCUUUCUCGUUUGGAGCCUUCAGACCUCUCAGAAGACUCUGACUAUGACAGUAUAUGGACAGCCCAUAGUUACAGAAUGGGGUCUACAUCUCGUUCCCGCAAAGAAUCAGCUCCUCAAGUCCUGCUUCCAGAAGAAGAGAAAAUCAUUGUAGAAGAAACUAAAAGUAAUGGUCAGACUGUUAUAGAAGAGAAAAGCCUUGUUGACACAGUAUAUGCAUUAAAGGAUGAAGUACAGGAGUUAAGACAGGAUAACAAAAAGAUGAAGAAAUCCUUAGAAGAAGAACAAAGAGCUCGCAAGGACUUGGAGAAGCUUGUUAGAAAAGUUCUAAAGAACAUGAAUGAUCCAUCUUGGGAUGAAACCAAUUUAUAACUAUUUUUUUUCUUUCUAUUGAAAGACCAGUUGUAAAACUGAGCUGGGAAGCCUUCUGACAUUAGUCAGUGUUGCAUCAAGAGCACUACAAAACAGGAUUUAACUGGAUCUGGUGAUUUCUUGCUCUGAACAUAUAGAAACAGUCAAGCCAUUCACUGAAGCAAUCUGUACACUAGGUGUUGGAGACUGUGGAUCCUGAACUCUACUAAACUUAAUUUGUUUGCAUCUAAAUUACCUCAUUUUGCAGAAAGUGCAGCAUCUGACUAAAAGUCCAUGUUUUUCAGUGGCUUUUUAAUUAAAUAUAUAUAUUUUUCUUGUAAAUAUCUGUAAUUUUGAAUGCAUAUGUGGUUGGUAUAUCAGGGCUGAUAUGUUGUUUUUUUCCUUCUUGUUCUUACAACGGUCACAAGUGUUAGAAAGGUGGCAGUACUGUCUUAGCUAAGAAGGGUCAGAGUUCUUUGUGGCUAAUUAUGGAUUUGCUCCAAAAUGCUCACUCGUCACACAUGCAAAUUUAAAAACUUGUUUUUCCUAUUGACCAGUGUAUUUAAAUCCUUUCCUGUUAUUUAUGUCUGCACAUACGUUUGAAGCAGUUUACAAUUGCUUAGAAACAGUAUUAAACUACAGGAAAUUGUUUAUUGAUGGUGGAAACCAAAUUUAACGACACUAAUGCCCAUGAUUUAUGUUCAUGUACUUUUAUUUGGCAGACUAAUCUGUUGUGCUUUGACCACCAGAAGACUGAUGUACUUGCCUGCUUUUUGACUGUGAUUUUUAGGUGUUUAUGUACUACUUUUUUGUUGUUGUGCUUAAGCAUACAGCUGGCUGGUAAUUUAAUGGAUCAUACAGUUUGUUAAAGCAAAAAAAAAAAAAAAAAAAAAAAAUCAAUCUAAUCCAUAAUUUUGUGAAUAAAUUGUUGCUAUUUAUUUUUUAUGGUCACAACAAUUAAAUUCUAGCUAACUUUUUUUUUUUUUUUUUGCAUAAGGUGCAUGGGCCAGGGCAAACUUCACUCAGAGCUUUGUUUUUUUCACCACUGUUUAAGAUUUGGGUUGGAAUUCCCAAAGUAUGGAUGCAAUCAUUCCUUUCCCACCCUGUUUUCUCAGCAUACUGCUGGUUUCUGUCCCACGAGGAGUUAAAUGGAAACAAUUUGGAAAUACGAUUUUUUUUCAUCGUACUGUAAUUCAUUUUUUUGCAUCACUGACUGAUUGGGAAAUGCAUAUCAUGAACGUACCUGAACAUUUUUAUUCCCUAGUCUGCUAGGUGCAAUUACCACAAUCCUUUUCUUUCUUUAAAGUAGGAGAUGCUACAUCACCACAAAUGCUGAGCUUCAUUUGGAGCACUUAAAAUACCCAUUCAAGCUCAUUGUAAGAGUCCCCUUGAUUUCAGCAAACUGUGGGUCACACUGUAGGUGGUACAGCUUUCUCAGGAGUUUUUCUUCACUUGACAGCAGAUGUGCAGGUAUAGUGCAGACCCAAGUUGCACCUUUUGCCAUCUUGAUUUUCUGCUGCCCAUUAAUUCUCCUUAAGUGUAAGCAAAUGUUUAUGUAAACUGUAAUGAAUUGAUGCCAAAAUGGUUAGGGUGGUAAAAAUUAUCGUGCAUAUUGUGAAUCUAAUGAAAAAAUGUUCUUAAAGCUGUUCUUUCUAGAAAAAAAUGUGAAUAGCUUUCUCUUUUUUUUAAUAGGAAAGAACAUUAAUGAUUACAUUACUGCAGAAUUCAGUGAGGAUACUUAAUCUGAACUACUUGUCUGAUUUUAAAAGCUGAAUAGAUUUGUAGUAUUUUCAUCUGUGUUCCUCUGAUUUCUUCCCUUAGUUCUAAAGGAGCAGACUGGGUAAGAAAACUGGAGAAUGUCUACAAUAUCUAGUUAAAUAUACUCACUGAACUUUAGGGUUUUGGCAGUUCUUGAUAGCAAAAUCUUUUCCUAGCAAAAUCUCAGCAGUUGCGCAAAAAUGUGUGCUGGCAUUUACAAUGCUCUUCAUCCUUAGAAAAUAGUCUUGCUAAAAGCUAAGUGAUAUUAAGCCCUGCAAAUUCAUGGCUAAUUGGCUGAAUUUAGGGUCGAGAAUGACAUAAUUAAAAUUUUGCUAACACUUUUACUUCUGACAUCAAGGCCGUUCUCAGAUUGAGUUUUAACUUUCAAUUGUGCAUAUGUGAAAGGACAUUCCAGAGGAAGUAUAAAAGGAGAACAUGAAUCUUAGCAGUAUUUAGCAAAUUUUAACUCAGGAACAACUUGGAUCAUAACACGACUUUGUUUUACAUCGUAUUGUAAAGAGUAGCAUUGCUGUGUAAAUUUGCUGACACGUAGUACCUGUGAUUAAGAUAAUUUCUGACAGUACCCCUAUACUGAUAUCUAAUGAACAUGCCUUAAACACUGGGAUCAAGCAGUUGUUAAAUAUGACCAGAACCUGGGGACUGAUUUUAUUUGAGGUGGAUUGGGAUGAUGAGUUUUUACAAAAAAAAAAAAAAAAGAAAAAGAAAA